UGUGGGGUUACACGAAUGAGCCUAUAAACAUUAUAAUAAUGGGCCUUGAAAGAGUAAAUUGGCCCAAGAGUGGAUAUAAAAAAGCAACGAGAGAUUGAUUUGAUUAGUAAAACCUAAAUUCACCAUUUUUAUUUCUUUCGUUUCCUUUCAAAGGUCUGUGCCUCUGUGUUCAACUUUUUUCUUCUUCUUCUUCUGGUUUUGUUUUUCAAUUCUUCAACACUCUCCAAUCCACGACCAUGGCUAAGAAGAAUUACUGUUCGUGGGGCUUAAGGGCUGAUUUCUGUUGGAUCUAUCCGAGAAAGAGAAACAGAUCUCGUUGCUUUCAAUUCCAAAUCCCAUGAGGAGCGAGCCAAGCUAUGGAUUUUUACGCGAAAGAAGACUGCUCAUUGGAUCUGCUUACACGUGUUUGAUCAUCCACGUGUUUGUAUCCAACGCAAAGGGGGCAGUAACCGUUUUGUUAUGCGUCGUCUCUUUCUUUAUUUUACUCUCUUCUUUUUUUCAAUUCCCGCUUCUUAAAUUUCUUCUCCAGUUUCAAUUUCUUUUUCUCCCAAAAUCUCUCUCUCUCGACCUAAUUCCUUCGACGCCAUGGAAGUUCCUCAAGUUCCUCAAGCUUAUCGUCGUAAGAUUUCGUUGCUGGAAAAAGCCGUGAAACUGUUCUGGCUCCGUUUCUUCCAGGAGCGAAGUGACUUCCGUGCGUUUGCACUUACUCAGACCGAUCAUUUCCCUCCUAGCUUCAUCGAUCGUUUGAUCGUACGUCUUGACCGUGCGGGAUGGCCUCGACCCCUAGAUUCAGGUUACGAGAUUCCAAGGAAAAUUGUGGCAAGACUUGUUGCCUUGUUUGCUGAUCCUGAUCCUGACCAAUUCCUUUGCUCCAUCUAUGACUUGGAGAAACGUGUGAAGAAGAGGGCAGACAGAGAGCGCAAGAAGCUCCUUGCGAUCGCCAUGGAAGUUCCUCAAGCUUAUCGCCGUGAGACUUCGUUGCUGGAAAACGCCGUGGAACUGUUCUGGGACCGUUUCUUCCCGGAGCGAAGUUUCUUCCGUGCGUUUGCACUUACUCAGACCGAUCAGUUCCCUCCUAGCUUCAUCGAUCGUUUGAUCGAAGGUCUUAACCGUGUGAGAUGGACUCGACACCUAGAUCCAGGUUACGAGAUUCCUAGGAAAAUUAUGGCAAGACUUGUUGCCUUGUUUGCUGAUCCUGAUCAGUACAUCUGCUCCAUAUAUGACUUGGAGAAACGUGUGAAGAAGAAGGCAGACAAAAAGCGCAAGAAGCUCUCUGCGAUACCUCCUUGGGAUCUCUCUGUGAUAGAAAAGUCUAUCCAUCAGUUCUGGGUUACAUUCUCCUCCCUUGAUGGAGCCGAUCUUCGUUCUUUUGCUGAGUCUCAGGCCAACAAUUUCCCUCACAACUACAUCGCUGAGUUCCUCGACCGCCUUAAACGAGCAGGCUGGAGCCAGCCCUCUGACUCGGAUAACAAGCUGCCUCUCAAGUUGAUGUCAAGGCUUGCUUCUUCUAUGUGCAAAGCUCCAGAGAUGGUGGAUGAUUGCUUCUCACUAGUGAUGAGAAUGGAAGCUGAGAUGGAGGCAGAAGUGAGGAGAGCUGAAGCAGAGAAGAUUGCAGCGGAAGCUCAGCUGAGGAGACAGGAAAGUGACGCAGCUGCUGCAGCUGUAGCGGCAAGAAAAAAAGCAGAGAAGGCAGAAAAGUCAGCUCAAGAGAAAGCGAGAAAAAGAAUCGCCAGAGAGAAAAAUAAUCUCAACCGUAUCGGCGCCAAGUCUCUCGGACUGCAGUGAUUGGAUUUUGAAUGGUUUGUUCAUUUAGGGCACCGAGUUUUAAGUGAAUGUCUAUGUGUGCUUGUUCUCACACGAGUAAAAACAUGUGAUUUGUAGACUUCAUGAUCGAGCUGUUGGUUUUGGUAGUGUGUAUGAAUGCUUGUUCUGACAUGGAUAUCGAGCAAUUGAGUUUAUCGCGCAUUGAUGAACA